AUGGAAGACCAAUUUGUAUAUCGCGGUCGAUUUAAUCAUAUAGGAGAUCGUAAAUUAAAUUCAACACGUUUAUUUUUUAGUUCAACAUUUACUGAUACAACAGAUGAACGAAAUGGACUUAUUGAACAUGUCUAUCCUCGAUUACGUGAAUACUGUCUGACUAAAUACAAGAUACAAUUUCAGUAUUCGGAUAUGCGUUGGGGUAUUCAAUCAGAAGCAUCAGAUACUCAUCAAACGGUUGACAUGUGUUUACAAGAACUCGAUAAUUGUUGUCGGUUAUCUAUGGCUACUAAUUGUGUGAUUUUAUUAAGUCAUCGAUAUGGUAGUCGUUUUGCUCCUGCAUGUAUACCUUCACGCAUAUUUCAGCAUCUUUUAUCAAAAACUGAAGAUAAAACUCUUUUAACUGAAAUGUAUCGAUUAGAUGAAAAUUAUCUUGAUCAAAAAUAUUUUCUUCAACCAAUCGAAAAAGAUAAUAAAGAAAAAUGGAAUGAAUCAGAAAAAAAAUUACAAAUUAUUCUACGAAAAGCAGCUGAUCGAUGUUAUGAACAAAAUCUAAUAACAAAAGAUGAACGAGAUGAGUUUCAUAUAUCAGUAACAGCACAAGAAAUUUAUCGUGCAUUAUCAAAUAAUAAACAUGAACCUCGACGAAUACUUUGUUUUUUUCGAGAAUUAGUUGAUAUUGAUGAACUUAAUUCAAAAUUUCAUGAUAAUGAAGAUAAAACUGAAUCAAAACAAUUACUUAAUGAUAUUAAAAAUUUACUUCAACAAUCAGUUGAUUCAUCAGAAAUCUAUACAUAUAAAUUACAAUGGAAAGAUGAAAAUGAUCGAAAAAAAUAUUUAUCGAAAUUUUUCGAUGAUUUUUAUCAAGCAGUUCAAUUACAAAUUGAUUUUCAUAUGGAACAAAAUAAAAGUAAACAAGGAAAUGUAUUAUAUAAUCAAAUCGUAGAACAUGCUAUUCAAUGUAACUCAUUAGUACAACGAUUCUAUGAUCGACCGGAUGUUUUUGAACAAAUUAAAACAUAUAUUACAUCCUCAAUAAAUUAUCCUUGUGUUUUACUUGGAAAGUCAGGUACUGGAAAGUCAUCAAUUAUGGCACAACUUGUUAAUGAAAUUCCAAGUUGGUAUUCACAGCCGAAUAAUGUAUCUGUUAUUGUACGUUUUUUGGGUGCAACUCCUUCAUCGAGUGAUAUUCGUCGACCGUUGAUAUCUAUUAUUGAACAAAUUUGUAUGAUUUAUCAUUUGAAUAUUCCAUCACAUUUUGAUAAUGUCAAAGAAAUCUUUGAAAAUGUUUUAUUACGUAUACCAAAAGAUGAAAAUCUUAUUCUUCUUCUUGAUUCACUUGAUCAACUUCAAACUGUUGAUUUAAUUGAUUUGUCAAAAUGGUUACCAGAAAAAUUUCCAUUAUCAUCAUCAAAUGUUAAAUGUAUAUUUUCAACAAUUUCUGAUAUUGAAGUUAAAAUCGAAAUAAAAAAAGAAAAAAUUGAUAUUUAUAAACAAUUAAAAUCUAUUUAUAAGGAUGGUUUACAAGAAAUAGAAAUUAAACCAUUUGAUGAAAAUACUGCUCAAGAAGUAUUACAUUCUUGGCUUAAACAAGACCGACGUUGUUUAACAACUAUACAACAUGGCUGGCUUAAACCAAAAUUCACUCAACGACAUCAAAUCGAUCCACUUUUUCUUUCACUUCUCUAUGAUCAAACAUUAACAUGGCAUUCAUACGAUGAAAUUCCUGAUAAAACAUUUUCAGAUAUACAACUUACAGGUGAUGCAAUUGAUUAUUUAUAUGAUCAGUUAUGUAUGAAACAUGGUGAAAUUUUGUUCCGACGUUCAAUGAUUUAUCUUCAAUUAUCUGGUGGAUUAAGUGAAGUUGAAAUCGAAGAUAUUCUUUCAUUAGAUGAUGAUGUUUUACAAUCAGUUUUUGUUCAUUAUUUACCACCACGAGAAUCAUUUCGAUUACCAUCAAAUUUAUGGAUUCGUAUUCGAAAUGAUAUGCAUAAAUAUUUAGUAGAAAAAGAUAUUGAUAAUGUUCCAUGUGUUUAUUUUUAUCAUCGAGCUUUUCAAAAGUAUGAACCACGGCUUGAUAGAUAUAGAAGAUGUCUUACAGAAAAAUCGAUAUUAGAAGAAAUUCGUCUUGAAUAUUUUGCUAAUCAAUAUAAAACAACAUUUGAUAUGAGCUAUUCACCAAAAUUAAUGAAAAAAUAUGAUAUUUUAACAACAAUAAUCCCAGUCAAUCGUUGUUUAACUCAACAACAAUCAUUAGAAGAUAAAAAUAAGAAACAAUAUAAUCUUCGACGUCUUCAUCAGUUAUAUCUUAAUAUAAGCCAUUAUGCUUGUGGUCAUCAUUUAACUUUAUUUAAUUUAGAUUUUCUCUCAGUAUUACUUCUUUGUGGAGAAUAUAAAAUUACUGAUUUCUUAGAUGAAUUUACAAUGAUGAAUUCUCAAAUAAUUGGUGAAACAAUUUUUUUUUUUAAACAAUUUGAAAUAUUAUUAAAUAUAUUAAAUCAAUAUCCAAAUAAUCUUACAUUUGAAUUAGUUUAUCGUUUAUUUCCAUUUCGAAAUCAAUUGUAUGAUUUAUUAUAUAAUUUACUUGAACAAUGUUUAAUUGUUUGUCCACUCUUAUUAAUUACAGAUGGUGAACGACAACAAUAUUUAAUGAAAUGUUCAUUAUCAUCAAAUAUAAUCUAUCCUGAAAUUUCACGACAUUCUUUGAUUAUUAUAACUGAUGAUAAUAAAUUUUAUCAAUUGACUAGCCGUUAUAGAACAACAGUGAAUGAAUUUGAUAUUAUAUAUAAAAAAAAAGUAAGACAAGAAAAACUAGUAUCAGGUUUACAUUCUUUUCGAUAUAUCUGUUGUCUGACAUCGAAUCGUGAAAUGAUAUCGAUGAAUACUUCAACAAAAGAAUUAACUAUGCAGAUUCCAUGUAAUCAUUUAAUUUCAUUUAUUGGAUAUAAAAAAGUUCUUAUUAUUUCAUCAUCGAAUCAUAGUUUACAAAUAUGGAAUUGUGCAGAGAAUAGUUUAUUAUCAGAAUAUGAUUUUAAUGAUGAUAUUAUUGAAGAUUAUAUAUAUAAAAAAAAUUCAAAAGCUUCAUUAGUUAUCUAUUAUGAUAAGAAUCCAAAUGAAAUUUAUAAUGAUAUUGAUUUUCUUCCUCUACCAAAAUCUGUUAUUUAUCUUUCAAAUAGUCAUUCAAUUGCAUGUUCUGUGGCUUUUAGUGGUGGCUUAGGAAAUCUUCUAGCUUGUAUUAUUAAAGCAAAAGGUAUUGUUGAUAUUUAUGAUUGGUAUUAUAACAAAAAAGAACAAAAAUAUGUUUCUCAUCAUUUAACUCAUGUUCAACUCGAUAUCAAUAUUGAUUAUUGUGUUUUCGAUGCAGAACAUCCCGAUGGUAUUACAUUGUAUUGUUCGGAUGGAAAACAUCUUUAUAAAUAUAAUGCUACAAUGUUAUCUUGUCUUACUGCGUCUAAACAUUUGGUUCCAUCCGAGAUAAUUCUUCAAAAACCAAAUAUACAAUUAGAUCAAUUUUUAACAUAUAUAGACAAUGAUCAGAAUCUAAAAGUUUUUACAUUAAAUGAUAAUUAUAAACUUGAUUUUCAUCUUUCCAUUCAAUCAAUAAAACAAUAUUAUUUUACUAAAAUCUCAUCACAUAUUUUAGUUAUCAGUAGAAAAAAUCUUUUAUCAAUUUAUUCAUUAAAAACAUCGAAAUUAUUAUGGAUAACAAAUGAAUUCGAACAUCGAAAACUUCAAAUUCAUUCACGUCAAUCAUCAUUUAUUCUUAUGUGUCCACAAACAAAACAAAUUUUUGAAAUCGAUACAAAAUUAUUUCAAAUCAAAAUUCUUAUUCAAUUACCUAUUGGUUGUCUUACAAGUACACUUAUUUCAGAAGAUCGAUUAUUUAUAUUAUCAAAAGAUCAAAUGAAUUUAAUAGAAUUUAAUUUAAUUAAUCAAACUUUAAUAUUUCAAUCAUCUAUUCAAUUAAAUUCAAGUAAAAUCAUUCACAUGGAUUCAGUAUAUGAUUAUCUUGUUUUUCAUACCUAUAACAAUCAAAUUUAUCUUUGGAAAAAACACAAUGAAGGAUUAAAACAAUUAGAAGAAACUUCUCAUUUAAUAAUCAAAGAUGAUCAACUUGUUCUUGCAUGUACUGAUAAUAAGAAAAUCAUUUUAUAUGAUUUAAAAGUAAAAUCACGUCAAAUUGCUCGAUUAGAUGAUGAUGCUGGUGAAUGUGAAGUACUUUGUUUAAGUAAUAUAAAUAAAAGUGAUAAUGAACAAUAUCUUUUUAUUAUUUGUUCUGAUCGAUUGUUACGAAUGUAUCGUGUUUCAAAUGGUGAACAAGUUGUGAAAUUAUUUAUUAAUAAAGAUUUAUAUCCAUUUAUUGGAAUCUUAAAUGAUCAUUUAUUACUUAAAGUUGCUAAUCGUUUAUGUAUUAUUAAAAUCAUGGAUCGAAAGUCUUUACCACCAAGAUUAUCUGAUAUCAAAUGUUCCCUUUUCGAACAAAAGGCAUGGUUAAACUGUCAUGAUCUUCAUUUCGUCUGA